GAGGCCUCGGGGCCCCGCCGCGACCGGAGGCACCGGGCGGAGCGACGUGGCGGUGGGAGGCAGCUGGCGUGUGAGGUGACGUGCUCGUCGGCCUUUCGAGGUCCCUCGCGCCUGCCGGGCUUCACAGACGCCCGAAACAAGGGCGCAUCAGGGCCUGGAAAAGGCAACGGACAGCGUCGGAGGUUGGUGGGCCCGAGUGCGGCCUUGGGAGGAAGGGGCUGUCGUCUUUGGGAUACGGGGCUCGGGCCUGCACCACCCUUGUUCCCCUAAAACACAACAAGGAGGUUUACUUCCGGAGAAGCCAGGGCAAACUCGCCCCUUGCCGUCUGCUCCCUGAAAGUCCGGCUAAGUCUUCCCAGUGCCUGGUUUGAGAUGGGGUCCCAGGUCUCAGUGGACAUGAAAGGCGUGCACGUGGUGAUCGUGGGCGGGGGCUUUGGUGGGAUCGCUGCUGCCAGCCAGCUGCAGGCACUGAACAUCUCCUUCAUGCUGGUGGACAUGAAGGACUCCUUUCACCACAACGUGGCAGCCCUCCGGGCCUCCGUGGAGAAAGGGUUUGCCAAAAAGACUUUCAUUUCUUACUCCGUGAGCUUCAAGGAAAGCUUCCGACAGGGCCUGGUGGUUGAGAUCGACCUGAAGAAACAGAUGGUGCUGCUGGAGAAUGGUGAGGCCCUGCCCUUCUCACAUCUUAUCCUGGCCACAGGCAGCACUGGGCUCUUCCCCGGCAAGUUGAAUCAAGUUUGCAGCCAGCAGGAAGCCAUUCAGGCCUACGAGAACAUGGUGAAGCAGGUCCAGUGCUCACAGUCCAUCGUGGUGGUGGGCGGAGGCUCUGCAGGAGUGGAGAUGGCAGCAGAGAUUAAAACAGAGUAUCCUGAGAAGGAGGUUACUCUCAUUCACUCCCAAGUGGCCCUCGCUGACAAGGAGCUUCUGCCCUGUGUCCGGCAGGAAGUGAAGGAGAUCCUGCUCCGGAAAGGCGUGCAGUUGUUGCUGAGUGAGCGGGUGAACAACCUGGAGGAGCUGCCUCUCAAUGAGUAUCGAGAGUGCAUCAAAGUGCGGACGGACAAAGGCACAGAGAUGGCCACCAACCUGGUGAUUAUCUGCAGUGGUAUCAAGAUCAACAGCUUUGCCUACCACAGUACGUUUGAUAGCCAGCUGGCCAGCAACGGCACCCUGAAGGUGAAUGAGUACCUCCAGGUGGAGGGCUGCAACCACAUCUAUGCUAUCGGUGACUGUGCUGAUGUGAAGGAGCCCAAGAUGGCCUAUCAUGCUGGUCUCCAUGCCAGCGUCGCCGUGGCCAACAUCGUCAACUCCAUUAAACAGAGGCCCCUCAAGGCCUACAAGCCGGGCGCACUGACCUUCCUCCUGGCCAUGGGGAGAAAUGACGGUGUGGGCCAGAUUGGUGGCUUCUACGUGGGACGGUUCAUGGUCCGGCUGACCAAGAGCCGGGACCUGUUUGUCUCCACAAGCUGGAAAACCAUGCGGCAGUCUCCGCCCUGAUGGAGAGGCUGGGCGGGAGAUGAGGUACUGCCACUGCCAGGUGAAUGGAUUGCUUGACAAAUGGUGCUCAUCUGACAAGUGCCAAAGGGCAAAAGCUCUUUUUCUGGGAUAAGAUGCCAGUGAUGUCCUGACUAGAAACACAACUUACAGAAAACCAAAAAUGGAGAGACAGAGAUAGAAAUUUUUAAAAAGACACCCUCUAGAGGAUUCUUUCUGGGUUUGGAAAGGUCUGCUUGCUGCAUGCUGGCUGAAUGCUUCACUUGGUCCUGGGGAGGGCACAGUUGGCCUCCCAGGAUAUACGUGUGCCUGUGCACAUGGGGUGUGGCAUUCAGAGCUCUCAGUGUAGGGUGGAGAGCGGGGUCUUCUGGCAUGGAAUCCUGUCUGUAAGGGCAGGAAGGAGGGCCUACAAAGUGAGACCAGGUAAGGAAGCGAAGCUGGGGUGGAGGUGGCCCGCACCCCAAACUCUCCCUUUGUUCAGGUGCUAGGGAAGCCAAUACAUCCUAUAACACCAGGUUGUUAAUAGGAGCCUGAUUUUAAACUGUUAGUCCCUAGUCUUUAAUCUUCAUGAAACUUUCUAUAUUUCUAUUUUUAGAUUCUGAUUAUAUCCUAUGUUAUAUUUAAGAAGAGAGAAAAAUUUCCCUUCUGGUUAGUGCAUCCUAACAGAGUGAGUUUUUACAAAGCUAUCAGGAGUUAAGACUGAAGCUUGGCCUGCCAGCCUCUAGAAGUGUUUAAGAAAAGGCAGCUGAGCUAAUGUCACCUUUAGGUGGGUUGCCAUCUGAUUGAUAUUCAUGGAGCAGCUGAGGUGGGGGGUUAGCUGGAGGGUGGGAGGUGGGGGUUAGCAGGUGAACCCCUGCAUGCUUUCAGGCUGUUGUCAUGGGCAAAUUUAUGUGACAAAGCUCCAGCUGAUGUUGGGGGACCCUGUGGGAACCUUUGCAGUUUGUGCUUCUGGUUGCCUGGCCAACCUUAAUGUCACUUAUCUGGAGGCCCAGCCAUGUGGCAGUAAUGCCUACCACCAGCAGUGCUAAGGUAUAUGAAUGACUCCUCUAUUUGUGGGGGAACUUCCAAUCUGGAGGAGUCCAUUUCGGACCACGUAAGUUAACUCUCUACAGCAGAAGUGGUUGAUAAAUUCAUCUGAAUAAACUCAGGCCCCGACCCUGCCAACCCUCCUCCUCUCUGCCCAUUUUUGAUGGUGGCCUCUGGGUACUUGGCCAGAGUCCUUGGGCACCAGCCUCACUGGGGUUCUCAGUCUAUCCCAUCUGGGCUGUGGCCCAGGCCUGAGUGAGACAUUGCCUUCCAAGGAUGGCUGUCCCGCCGGAGCUCCGCCCAGGGCAGUGUUCCUGUGGACCACGGCCCACCAGGCCUCACUUCUGGAAUCAGGACCUGCCACCUGAGAAACAGGCCAUGUUGUGCUCUCUGCCCUGGGACCUAGCAUGGUGGGAGUCUCAGCCAUUGGAGACAGGCCUUGUUCUAUUUAUAACAUCCUAGACGUGUCCACUCAUGAGGACAGUUUUCCAAACUGAGGAAAAUGUCGCAAUAAAAGAAUAUGUUGUAAGAAA